AUGUGUUUGACGGAGCAAGGAAAAACGUUCCAAAGACGCGGAGCAGCAAUGCUAAAAUCUCUAUCCCCAAACCAGUUAGUACCAGCUAUCUGGGAAAAGAACUGGGAAGCAGUUAUAAGCUUUUUGCAAACGGAACCACAAUUGGUUAAUACUUACGAUGAGUUCGGCAGGACGCCGUUAAUGUGCGCUGUGUUGCGGAGCGCACCAGACAACGUGUUGGAGAUGAUGAUUGACGCAGCAACAAAGAAGACCAUAGAACACGAGGACAACUGGCGUCGAACUAUUCUCCAUUACUUGGCGAAGUACGCACAUGUAUCAGUAUCAAGACGCGCGCUGCAAAAAUCAAACAUCGAAGUUAAUAGGAGAGACUACAAGGGACGCACACCAAUACAUUUUUGUCUAGAAAAUGAGUACUGCCUGUAUGAAGAUCACCGCGAAAUGGCAAUUUGCCUCAUGGAACAUGGCGCAUUAUUAAUAAAAGACAACAAAGGAAAGACGCCUCUUAAUUUGUAUGAUAAGAAUAAUUGUAUUAUCUACGGCGGUCGAUCGAUCAGACGAGAGAAUAAGGAAGAACUGAAAAAGUUACUUUUAGACAUGACAUUUCCUGCACAAAUUAAAGCCAGAGGAAAAGAUGCAGUUACUGCAUUCGUCAAUGAAAUUGAGAAAGGUGAAAUGACGUUGGUAAAUAGCAGAGUGAUGUUUCUAGGAAAGGAAGGGGCUGGUAAAACCAGCCUUGUAAAUUCCAUUCUUGGAAAACAAUUCAAUGACAAUGAACCAUCAACAAAUGGUAUUGUAACAACAACGGUAUUUCAAAUUGUUGAAGGAGACUGCUGCAAGUGGGAGGAACAUAAGGAUGUAGACGUUUGUGAAUUAACCAAGCAAAUACGAGAGUAUAAUAUAGCAGAACGUAUUGCAAGGAAGCUGGAACCACCAGAAGACCAGGAAACCACAUCUAUGUCCGUAUCACCCAGUUCUACAUCAUCUCCAAUGGAAACAUCAGAAGAAGCUACAAGUCUAACUUUAGAGGAAAGAGAAACUUCUGAUGUGUCUCAGAGCGCUGCAAAUGUAUCAAAGAGACAGUUCGAUAGACUCCCAGAAGACAUUUUUAAAAAGGUUGUUGCUAAUCUUGACCGCCAGAAUCCUGAACCAAGCAGCGUAGAAGAACCAAAACCCGGCCCUUUUAAACGAUUCUUCAUGAAAAUAACGAGAAACAUGGCUACUAACAAAGAUGCAGGCUUUGUACGUGUUGUUGAAAAUGUACCGAGUGAUGUAACAUGUAUAUGGGAUUAUGCAGGCCAAAUCUCAUAUUAUAUAACUCAUAGGUUUUUCUUGACAGAUGGAUCGUCAUAUGUCGUUGCUUUUAGUUUGUUUGAGCCUUUAAAUGAAUUGGCAAAAUCCAGAGGCCCACUAAAAGAUCAGUUUGAAAUGACUAAUCUCCAAAUGAUUAUUUUCUGGAUACGGUCAAUAUAUGAGCACGCUGUACUACAAUAUAAUGCAAGUACGAAAUUGAUAAAUGACACUAUAGCCUCACCCACAAUCAGUUUGGUUGGCACUCACAAAGACAAGUUAGAGGGAAGUGAGGAGGAUAAACAGAAUCAGAGUGAAGCAAUAUUCAAAAUAAUAUUUGAAGAAAUCAAAGGGAUGCCAUUCGAACUUCACGUAGACAGAACGAUGUAUGCUGUAGAUAAUACAUCAGCAAAUGACAAAGGGAUUGAAGAAUUAAAGAAAAAUCUCGGAGGUUACACAAAGCAAAUGGCAAAAACAGUUCCCACAAAAUGGGUUGAUUUCCAGUCGAAAAUCCAAGAAGUUGGGAAAACAACACUGCGCAUGUCCUUAGACGAGCUUGAAAUAACGCAUCGGAUUGUAGUAGAUGCAAAUGAUAAACAAGUAAUAUCAGAACCACACCCGAGUGUCUGCAUGGAGGUAUUAAACUACCUGAAGCAUCAACUGAAGACUGUGUAUGGUACAACAGAAGGGAUCGGCUACAAGUUACGCGUCUUGUGCAGCGUAUGUCAACCAACACAGCAACCUCAUCUGCAUGAUCUUGAGGAUUUUCUGAAAAAAGAUAAGGUUUCUUGUGGAAAGAUGUCAAUGCAGACUUUUCGUUUCAAAAGACUUUUUUCAACAG